AGGCAGCAGGGAGUGACAGAGACCAGACCAGACACACACAGCCUUUCCAGCGCCAGCGCUGUGGAUGGGGAGCGGCCACCAGGCUUGAAAGAAGCCCAGAGCUGGGCACUGCACACGGUGCAUUUUAAAUAGUGUCAGAGAGCAAUUCACCUCGCCAAGGGAGACAUGACCCUUAACUCCUCUACUGAAGAUGGAAUUAAAAGAAUCCAAGAUGACUGCCCCAAGGCUGGCAGGCACAAUUACAUAUUUGUCAUGAUCCCUACUCUCUACAGCAUCAUCUUUGUGGUGGGAAUAUUUGGAAACAGCUUGGUGGUGAUUGUCAUUUACUUUUACAUGAAGCUAAAGACUGUGGCCAGUGUUUUUCUUCUGAAUCUUGCCCUGGCUGAUUUAUGCUUUUUGUUGACUUUGCCACUGUGGGCAGUCUAUACCGCUAUGGAAUACCGAUGGCCCUUCGGCAACCACCUAUGUAAGAUCGCUUCUGCCAGCGUCAGUUUCAAUCUCUAUGCCAGUGUGUUUCUGCUCACGUGUCUCAGCAUCGAUCGCUACCUGGCCAUUGUCCACCCAAUGAAGUCUCGCCUCCGCCGCACGAUGCUGGUAGCCAAAGUCACCUGCAUCAUCAUCUGGCUAAUGGCUGGCUUGGCCAGUUUGCCAGCCGUCAUCUACCGAAACGUAUAUUUCAUCGAGAACACCAAUAUCACAGUUUGCGCUUUUCAUUAUGAAUCUCAGAACUCAACACUCCCCAUUGGACUGGGUCUAACAAAGAACAUUCUGGGCUUCGUGUUCCCUUUCCUUAUCAUUCUCACCAGCUAUACUCUUAUUUGGAAAGCCCUAAAGAAGGCUUAUAAAAUUCAGAAGAACACGCCAAGAAAUGAUGACAUCUUUAGGAUAAUUAUGGCGAUUGUGCUUUUCUUCUUCUUUUCCUGGGUUCCCCACCAAAUAUUCACUUUUCUGGAUGUGCUCAUUCAGCUGGGCAUUAUCCGUGACUGUGAAAUUGCUGACAUUGUGGACACCGCUAUGCCCAUCACCAUCUGCAUAGCUUAUUUUAACAAUUGCCUGAAUCCUCUGUUUUAUGGCUUUCUGGGGAAAAAAUUUAAAAAAUAUUUCCUCCAGCUUCUGAAAUACAUUCCCCCAACGGCCAAGUCACACGCAGGCUUGUCAACAAAAAUGAGCACUCUUUCCUACCGCCCUUCAGAUAACAUGAGUUCAUCUGCCAAAAAGUCUGCAUCUUUUUUUGAAGUGGAGUGAGAGGGUUCAAAGCCUGCAAGUGAAGUGAUUUCCUGACAGCAGAAGCCAGAGGACCAUUUGGGCUAAGCAGCUCACUCACUACCGAAGGAGUGUUCAACCUCCAGCAAUCCUUUCAGGGUUGAAGCAGAGAAAGUGCUCAGUGUACACAUUUUCAAAAGUGGGAAACAAAAGCUUUUUUCCCCUUUAAAACAAAUUGGAGCAAAGCCACUGUUAACCGCCUUUUUUUGUUGACUGAAUAACUGCUUUAAGGACAAUGUCAGAAAUUGAGUGGCUGUAUGGAUUUGGGGGUUAGGGAGGAGGUGUACUAGCAGAAACGUAAUGUCUCCAGUCCCCUCUCAAUUCUGUUACUUUUGAUUUCCACUUGAAGGUAUUUAGAAGCUAUUAAAUCUGUAGACAAUCAAAAGGAGAUGGGAGGUCAAGAGUUUCUAAGGGUCCAGGAAGCUACCCAUCUGUUUAGUUACUAGUGACUAUGACACCAUUGUUCCUGACACAACACAGUUAAGACUUGCUAGACAGUAGUCAUCAAGUUUCAAAAUGCUUUGUGAAGUUCAGCCAGUGUCUUAAGAAUUCAGAGCCAUGUGCCAAAACAGUACCACAGAACAGCUUGCCUGAAUAAUGUCUUACUGUAGUUGCAAAGCCAAACUGCUUGUCAAGCUGUGAUUCUGUCCCAGAUAGUUGUGUCUUCCUAGUUGGAUCAGUUUAAUUUCAUAUCUAAGAAAUGUAUAAUUUCAUAUCUAAGAAAUGUAUAUGAAAUGUAUAUGAAAUGUAUAAUUUCAUAUCUAAGAAAUGUUAAGCAGAUUUAUCAUAAAGUAUGUUUUAUGGUUCUAAAAAUGUAUAUUUUAUAUAUGUUAUGUAUAUCUAUAUCUCUAAGCUGUUGUUUGAUUGAAGUUGUAGCAAAGUUGUAUUUAUCUUGAAAUAAAAAUUUAUCAUAAUAUA